AUGACAGCAGAUACAUCUGGGGGCACCCAAAGAUCUGUCAUGAAGAAAGACUUUUUCAUAUACGGAAUCAGCAACGGGACUUCAGUUGAAAAGCUCCUAUGUGGUAGCCAGUUCUUCUCUGGCAGUAUGUAUCUCUUCGAGUGUUCCAUGAACAGCGUCCUAGUCGAGGCCAAUGUGGCGUGCGCCUCAAACAGCUGCGAAACCAAACGGCUAAGACGACUCGCGACACCUCGUUGGGAAAGAAACCAAACACAUCUUCCUUACAACGUCGUACACAACGGUAUACCUUCAAGUACUUCAUCACUCACCUUGCUGGCAUCCGAGGAGACGCAUCUAUUUUCAAGCCUAAUCCCAUCGAUGCCUACAUUUACGGCGUUACUGCUUGGGGUAUCCGACAGGAAUGGCACCAAGACAGAACUGGACAGAAUAUAUUGGAGUGCCCCAGAAAUGUAUCGAGAUGUCGCACCGACUGACCAAGUUACUGAAUACGUGCUGGGAUGCCUCACGUUGGCCUCUGGCUAUAACUCGGAACGACCCAUAUGCAAGAUUGUUGAAGAAUACAACUACGUCACCGCGCCUGAUAUUCUGGACUGCACUUCAUCCUUCACCCGCGAUAACCCCUAUAUCAAAGCGCCGGCGGGUGGGUCGGGACUUCAUGGUGCGGAGCGUGCGCGGCUACUAAGGAAGAUAAAGGUGCAGUUAGGUGAGGUGAAUCCCACGUUGGAAAUAGGAUACAUUGUGAUCAAGAGUGUGGAGGGUGAGAAGGACGGUCAGCAGAGUAGGAACAGAAGGGGGAGAAUGUACCGCUGA